AUGGCCAAGGAGUUGUCUAGCAUCAAGGACAAAUUAGAGCUAACAAAGGCUACAUUGCAGAGUUUCAGCAUCACAUUAUUUAAUACAAAUGUAUUUCGUAUUCAGAAACUUGGAUCAGUUGAAGUUAAAAGCAAAAUCUAUAUUUGCAAACCAAAUGGAAAAAUUGACGAUACGCAAGGCCACAUAACUGAACUCAAAAAUUUAAAGUCUUUAGACUUGUGUUUGGAGAUACAAAGAUCUUCACUUCAUCUGUACAGUAAAACUGGUCGCUCAGAACGAGUUUGGAGGGCGACAUUUGAAGGAUCUAAAGUAGCCGUCAAGAAAAAUACUGAUCAAGAGUAUGAUGUAUGUCGACAGGAAGCAAACAUUUUAACGAAAGCAACUCACGAAAACGUCAUUAAAAUGAUAGGAGUUAGCAAAGUGCAACAUUCAUAUUUUCUUGUUUUGGAGUAUCUAACAGAAUACAGCUUUAAAGAGAUUAUAUUAAAUGAACCUGUACCAAAAGUUACAACUAUGGAGUAUAUGACAGAAAUAAUGUAUAAGAUUGCAGGCGGAAUGACUUUUUUAGGAUCAAGGGAGAUAAUUCAUUCCGAUUUGAGAGCAGAUAAUAUUUUAUUCGGAUCAAAUUGGAACCCAAAAAUUUGUGGAUUCAGGUUUGCUCAUAUGGUAAACGACAUUACUAUAGAUCCCAAACGAAGACGUACUUUUCCUCCAGUUAGAUGAUUGGCACAAGAGAUAAUCGAAGGGAAAAAAGCAACCACCAAAUCUGAUGUGUGGUCUUUUGGAAUACUAUUAAUGGAAGUGUUUGGACACUGCAUAGAACCUUAUGAAGACUUAAAAGAUCCAGAAGUAUUUGAAAAUAUAAAAAGGGGAUUAAGGCAUACAAGACCCGAAUGUUGUCCCGACAAAAUUUAUGAGCAUGCUUUAUCGUGCUGGUUCAAAGAUCCCGAUGCUCGAGUAGCAUUUGAGUUGAUAUCCCAAUUUUUAUAUGACUAUGUUUGUCGUUAUGACAUUGGUACGGAACAUGGAUAUGAUGAAGUGGAAUAGUUAGACGAUGAUGAUAGCGUGUGUAAGUGACUGAAUGAAUUCAAAUAAAUUAUUUUGUUUUCCUUGUAAAACAGCGGGACAAUUUCUUUUAACAUUUCAAACAUGAAAGGAGAUGUCUAUUCAAAUAUUUCUGGACUGCAUAAGACAUAUGCAUGUAUUUUAACAUCUAUUUAGCAGUAUAACCAUUUUUUUUGUAUAUUCAUUGUUUUAUAUAUCACUACCAGGAAUUUAUACAACAUUUGCAUGUAAUUUAAAUGCCAC